AUGUCGUCGCAGUCGGAUCCAGGAGCAACUUCCGCCCUCACUGCACCAACUCCACUAGCCGAAAAGCGACAAUGCCACUUUUCGGCUGUGUCUAGCAGAUGGUCCGGGAAAGGGUGUGUCGGGUGCGUAGGCGUUUUUUCGAAUCGCGAGAGCGGAGGAUCACGCGCUCGACUCGCGGGUUGGGUCGAUGUGGAAUCGUGGAGAAGCGUGGUCUCCAAAGAAGUCGGGUACGAGCUGUGGAAGCCGGUGGGCAAGGGCCACCAGGAUGAUACCGAUGGGUUCGAGAGCGACGAGUUAGCCGUCCGAGAGGAGGCUAAACGAUGUCCAAAGAACCGGAUAUGGCGAUGGACGUCGAGCUAUCCGUUGACGGGAAUCACAAUCAACUGGAUGGCCGAGUAUAUCGCCGAGUGGCCGGAAGAUUCUGGCGGAAUGAAAUACGGAAGGGAUAGUAAUGAUCGGUAA